CCAGGGCCACUUGCACGUGCUGAAGAAAUUAAGAAAAGUUGGCGCUUACGAGUGGAAGCGAACAUAUUCAGACUUAAGUGAAGCAGAGAAAAAGAAGAGGAAUAAAGCAGAGAUGAGGGAAUACCGCCUUCAGAAGAACUUUUUGCUCAAAUACAUCUUGCCCGAACUGAAAAUACCCCUUAAACCUACAGAGACCGAGGAACCAACAAAAUACCGACGAUCUUCGGUUAAGAUAAAUGGCAAUAUGCCAAAACAGGAUCCCAACAUAAAAGAUGUUCAGUUAACGACUGAAAGUUUUCCGUUGCCAGACAUUGGCCAAAGUGACAGUCUGGUCAGACGACACACUGACAUGCCAGAAAAAUCUCCACCAGGGGAUGCUAAUAAUAAUGACACGACACGUUCUAAGUCAAUGUUAGAAACUGUGCAGACGACGUAUGAUAUUGACCCAGUGGAGGAAGUAGCACACGUUAACACGCCACGUGGUACAGUAUCACCACGUGACAAAGUGUCACCACGUUACCACGUAUCACAACGAGACCAGGAAUCACCACGUGAUCCAGGAUCUCCGCAGCAGCCAAAAUCCAAAAGGAAAUCCAAUAAAAGUCCAACAAAAUUAAAAGUAAAAGAGGAUAAAGACGAGGACGAAAAGAAAAUCCAGCAGCAGGUCAGGACGAUAAACGACGACUUAAACGCUGAAUACAAGAAGGACGAGGAAGACAUGACAGACGCCGACAGGAACCCCGCCUUCAUCCAUGUACAGACGCUUUCACGGGGAGAUGUUUUUGGACUUAACCAAUUCGUGUUGGGUAACCAGCCCAGUUUCUGUGUGAUGAGUAACGGUGCUGAAGUGAUGAUGAUUAACAAGCAGUUUUACCAGGAUAAUGCUCCAGAGAAACUCAUAGCAAGACUCCGACGACGGCUGGCUCCGUAUCCUACCGAUGAUGAAAUGCAGGACAACCUUCAGCUCAGCGUGGAUUGGGACGCUUAUAAAGGAGAGGCACUCGGGAGAACGCUGGCUGACAUUGAGACGAAAAAGAAAAUGGCGCAAACUAUUUCACCUCGGUGA